GGAUGUUGGACGGGAGGUUUGUGGCAAGGAAUGCUGAGUAUCAGCACAACACAGUCAUUGCAGGCUUGCAGCAUCAAAGCGCUUAUUAUUUGUGAAGUGGAAUAAGGAUAUGGACCGAAAAGCGUCUGCCUAACUAAGCAUGGUGCUGACGCCUUCUCAGCUGUCCAGUUUUGCGAAAAAUGGAGAUCCUGAAUCUGGUG